GGUCGUUAUCUAUAGUGAUCUGUGGUCGUUAUUGUUAUUUACAAGUGUUUACAAUUUUGCAAUAUUUUUCAAAUUUUGUUUAUUUAACUAUUUUGCUGAUGGCUUAUCAUUUAGAAUCAUUUGUUUUCAUUUUGUUCUGAUGAUAAAACACAUUAAGGAUCAAAUAUCAUAAAUUACGGUAGUAAAGUAAACAAUUAUAGAAUUGGGACGAACAAUAAACACCAGAGUAGAAGUAAACAACAGUCAUCGGAAUGCAUAAAAAUAAUUUGCAACACGAAUCAACUAAAGCGUCAACUACUGAGGUACAAACUAAAACGUCAAGAAUAAAGUCAAAUGCACAAAAAUGUAGAGAAUAUCGUGAGAGAAAAAAAUUACAAAAGACAAUGGUACAGAACAUAACCGCAGUAAGAUCAGAUGAAUGUAGUGAGGCAGAUCAAUUACAAGCUAAAAAACCCAAAACUAAUGCAGAAAGAAGAAAAAAACAUUACGAAGCGCAGAAAUUGAAGAAACAAAAAUGUAAAAAGUUACCUAAAAGUGUUAAACAAAAAAAUAAAGAAUAUUACAAUAGGAAAAAAGAAAGAUUACAGGCCUUGAACAAUUUAAAUCAUUAUUCCGAUGUGAUUAAUUCAAAGGGACACAAUUUCUGCCAAUCAGCCAGUCACCAAAAGUCACCUCAGAUGAACGAUGACAGUUACUAUUCGUCAUUCCUAAGCUUUUGCAAUGACAAGCAUAUAUAUAAUCAUGAGACGAUUGCUCAAGAUACGAUUGCCAGACAAAAAACGCCCAGAAUAUUGAAUUACGAAGUAAUAGACAGAGAAUGUGCUACCUAUCACAACAUCUAUCACUCUCAUUUGAGAAUGAAGGAACAUGAUACAGGCAAUCCAGAUGACACCAUAGACAAUAAUAGUGGUACCUGUGAAAAUGUCUAUGACAGUUAUUUCGAAGUAGCAAAACAAGAGUUGGACAUUCCAGAUGAAACCAUAGACAAAAGCAAUGGCCAUUGUAAUAAUGUGAUAAAAGAUGAGUUAGAUGUUACAAAUGAACACACAGACAAUGCCUGGGACACACAUAAAUACAAUAACUUCCUCAAAAACAAUCGAAAUUUAAACCUGACAGAUAAAACCAUAGACAAAAACAGUGGCCUAUGUGGCAAUGUCAUAAAAGAAGAGUUAGACAUUUCAUAUAAAACCACAGACAAUGCCACCACCAGUAGUUAUGUCUAUAACACGCCUUUCCAUACAGUCAAAGAAGAGCUGGACUUUUCAAAUAAAACCAUAGACAUAAAUGCUGGAUCUUGUAACAUUAAAAUCAAAGAAGAAUCAGACAUUUCACAUGAAAGCAUAGAUAAAGCCUGGAAUACCAGUAUUAAAAACAUUUCAGAUAAAACCAUAGACAAAGCUUCGGACAACAGUAAUUAUGUCUAUAGCACUCCUACCCAUAAUGUCAAACAAGAGUCGGAAAAUUCAGCUGAAGGCACAGACAAUGUGUGUAUGAACUUUGAACUGCAACCAUGUGCUAAAAAUAAUAUUGAAAUUAAAUUUAAAUGUGAUUUCGACGAUGAGGAGACUUUAUCUUGUAGCGAAUUUGGUGACAGUAUUAUGGAGUCACUGCCUGAAUGUUCUGAACAAAGUUGGAAAGAAGACUUGAUACAUCAACCAAGCAAAGAACGGGAAAAGGCGUCUAUAGGGGACUGCUCACCGCCCCAUACAUCAUCGGCCCACAGAAUUCAGUAUGAACCAGAUGAUGAAGAGACUCGGUCGUCUAGUGAAUUUGCUCAAACACUCAAUAAAAAUAGUGUGGACACUCAACCUAGCAGCUCCGGUCAAGAUUUGCUAGAUUGGCCAAGAAUAAAACAUGAAAAGCACAAUUUCUUAACAUGGAGACAAAAGCAAGAGGUCAUCAACUUGCACAAUUACAUACGUGCCACAUGGUCCAGUAACGAGUAUCCAUACAAAACGCGUUUAAUACAAAAAACAUCAAAAACUCUAGGCAUAAGCAGUGGAACAGUAUUUAGAAUAAUGAAGGAAUACGAGAGAGAAGGCGCAGUCAAAGCACGAAAAAACAGAGUCAAACAAUCUGACAAAUUAACCGAUUUCCAGAAAAAAACAAUUUUAAAUAAAGCAAUAAGUAUAAUAAAAAAUGGCGAAUCUUUAACACUAGCUAAAAUGUUGCAAGCUGUUAAUAACGAUGUUAAUUUGCCAAGUUUUAAGAAGACUACGUUUCAUAGGUUGUUUAAACUGUUGAAAUUGGACGAGCUCGCAAAUAGUCAGAGAGACAGUGGUCGAUAGGACUUCGUCAUUGUAACAGGUGUCAGUUUGUCAACAUGCUCCUACCAUAGACAACUGCGGUAACUAACUAUGGAUUAGAGCCGUGAUGGCUUUGGAAGGUGACAGGUUUCAAGGUUCCUCAUAUAUACAAUUGUGAUUAUAUUAUGUAGGAAAUACUAGUCUGAGACAGAUAUGACGUCGCUUGAUUUCGUGUUGGCUCGUACCGACGUUAGGUCGCGAUUUCCGUAAUGAGUAGGGAGUUAGAGAGGGGUAGCGAUAGGGCGGGAACGACCCGCUAUAUAAGGCGCUCGCCGUACGGUCGGCUUCAAUGGUCUUGUGGCUUUCGAACCGUCCACAUUUCUCGUUGUGUAAUUCUUUAUGGGUUACUUGGGAUAGAUGCGGAGCUUGUCGCCGGUCGCCAUGUUUUUGUGUGGUCUGUUGUCUAUUGCUUUGCAGACCGCGGUAGCAAUAACGCGUUGAGUUAUGUCGAAAAAUUAGUGGGUUUUGGUUUCCGGAUGACCAUUUCUUUGUUGAUACAUGUAGUU